UUGUACGAGAAUGUUCUCGACACCUCUGACAUCCAAAUGGGCGGAGCCGUCUGGAAAGAUCAAGCUCCUUGCAGUGUUUUCGAGCUAUCGAUGAUGUCGUUUAUGUUUUGAAUAGUGGCGGGAGCCCGGAAUUUGCUUGUAUCCUAUUCUGUAAAGGUUUUAUUGUAUGGCCGUUUUUCUGACUGACGAGCCUUAUUGUCACUUCAUGGGCGAAUUUGAAACUGAGGAGAUGGAGGUAUGUGAUGCAGAUGGCGCUCCCAAUAUGGUAUCACAGCAUGUAGCAGGGGAAUACCAUUGCUUGGUAUGCCCUCGCCACUUUCGAAGUGUUCCACACCACUUCCAAACUGCAGGGAAUUCAAUGCCAUUGUUGAUGCCAGAAGAAAACGCUGUUGUCCAUGCAGAGCUUCCUGAGUGCCAUCAGGAAUAUAAGCUGCAGCACCAACAACAACAAAAUGCAAUUCAAGAGUCAAAUCAUAUCGAUUCGGAGCAACUACACAAACGCUUCUCGACUGCAUUUCAGAAACCAUAUGCUAGUGGCAAGAGACCUGCUGCAAUCAUACCCCCCUUGAACAGGACGUGGAAAACAGAGGUUGUUCAUGAUAGAAGAGGGUUGUCUACCGACCACACAACUCUACCACAAAACCCGUCUGAUGGGGAGAAUUGUGCUAAUUCAUUGUACAGUGACACUGACAGUGCCUCCGUAGUGCAAGAUGAUGAAUAUGAUGAUGGUGGCGAAGAAGAAGAAAUAGUCAAUGAAGAAGACAUUGAUUAUGAAGAACAAGAAAUUGAUGAAGAGGAAGAAAUAACAAAUGAAGAAAUGGAAGAAGAAUUCGUGAAUGAAGAAACGGAAGAAGGAUUCAUGAAUGAAGAAACGGAGGAAGGAUUCGUGAAUGAAGAAACAGGAGGAGGAUUCGUGAAUGAAGGAACAGAAGGAUUCGUGAGUGAAGAAAUAGAAGAAGGCUUAAUGAAUGAAGAAAUAGAAGAAGGCUUAAUGAAUGAAGAAAUAGAAGAAAGAUUAAUGAAUAAACAGAUAGAAAGAGGAGGAGGAUUAAGGAAUGAAGAAAUAGAAGAAGAAGAUUUAAUUAAUGGAGAAACUGGAGGAGGAGGAAUAGUGAAUGAAGAAAUCGAAGGAGGGGGAAUAGUGGAUGAAGAAACUGAAGGCGGCAUAAUGAAUAGUGAAGUAGUAGAAGAAGGAAUAAUAGACGAAGAAGAAAUUGAUGAUGAAGAAAUAAUGAAGGAGGAAGUUGAAGGAGGAUUAAUGAAUGAAAGAACAGAAGAACAAGAAGAGGGAUUGAUGAAUGAAGAAACUGAAGAAGAAGGAAUAACAAAUGGAGAAGUCGUAGCAGGAGGAAUAAGAAAUGGAGAAGUCAUAGCAGGAGGAAUAAGUAAUGGAACUGUCACAGGAGAAGGAAUAAACAAUGGAGUAGUUGUGGGAGGAGUUAUAAGGAAUGGAGUAGUUGUACAAGGAGGAAUAACGAAUGGAACAGUUGUAGGAGAAGCAAUAACAAAUGGAGCAGUUGGAGGAGGAGGGAUAACGAAUGGAGUAGUCAUAGGAGGAGGAAUAAGAAAUUUAGUAGUCAUAAGAGGCAGAAUAAGGAAUUUAGUAGUUGGAGGAGGAGGAAUAACAAUUGAAGUAGUUGGAGGAGGAGGAAUAACGAAUGGAGGUGUUGUAGGACGAGGGAUAAGGAAUGGAGAUGUCGUAGGAGGAGGAAUAGCGAAUGGAGGUGUUGCAGGAGGAGGAAUAGCGAACGGAGUUGUCAGAGGAGUUGGAAUAGCGAGCGGAGGUGUCACAGGAGGAGGAAUAACGAACGAAGGUGUCGCAGGAGGAGGGACAGCGAACGGAGGUGUCGCAGGAGGAGGGACAGCGAACGGAGGUGUCGCAGGAGGAGGGACAGCGAACGGAGGUGUCGCAGGAGGAGGGACAGCGAACGGAGGUGUCUUAGGAGGAAGAAUAACGAAUGAAGUCAUAGGAGGAGGAAUGAAAGAAGGGCCUGGUUCCAGCGACAGUGACCUACAAUCUGUCAAGCAGGCAGAGCUUAAGCCACCACCAAUCAUCCUACACAUCAAGGACCACUACAGAUAUUACCUGCAGUUACUUAAAGAGUGGACAACAGAGGACUUCAGUGUGAGAACUGCAGGUAAAGACCUCAUCCGGGUCAAUUUCUGUAACAUCGCGGACUAUAGAAGAGUUGAGAGUGAAGCAGCAGCACGUCAAAUUCUGUUUUACACUCAUACUACCCACUCGGACAAAGUCAUCACAGCAGUCUUCCGUGGGCUACCACGUACUUUUCAGCCACACCACCUGUGGAGGGAACUGGAAGAGCUUGGAUUUGCUGUACACUUUGUGGUGCGCAUGAAAUAUCCAAAGACAGGGAGGGAAAUGCCUCUAUUUCUGGUUGUAGUUCCUGAGACCCCACAGAACAGGAAAAUUUUUAGCAUCACACUGAUUGCCAACACAAUCAUUAGCGUGGAAAACCUGAAGAGAAGGCUGGGUGGCCCUCGAUGUUUCCGAUGCCAGGCCAUUGGACAUAUGGCACACCAUUGUUCACAGCUUGACAUUUGCAUCCAGUGUGCCAGUGAACAUCAAAGCCAGAAAUGUCUGCUCCCCAGAAACAAAGAACUGAAGUACAUGAACUGUGGGGCUCGCCAGCAUGAAGUACCUUACAGCCAGCCUAAGCAAGAGAAGGCUAAACAUUCUGUCUGCCAUCUAGGUCCAACUGCACUGCCACAUGUGGACCGCAUUAGUGAUGUUAGCAAAGCAGAGCUGCUGUCUGCAUCAGACACAAGCUUUAUGGGCCCAACAGCCAACAGACUUGGGCAGACCCAUGCCAAAAAGCGUAUGUCUGAAUUACAGCUUGACAGUGCACCAAAACAGAAGCUGCGGUGCUGUCCACAUGCUGCGGGGGAGGCAGAACAGGAGGGUUUGGUCUCCACCUCCAUUAGCCAGAAUAGUUCCAGAAAUGGCACCAGCUAUGUCAAAGGUGAAGAUAGUGUUCAUGCUGAAGCCACCAACUGCACUGACAUAAUGCCCAGCAACAGCUUUACCUCUGCCAAACAGCUUGCAGAUAUACCUAGACAGCUUGCCCUGCUAGAGGAGACAAUCAAGAAUCUCCCACAGCGGAUUUGUGCUGCUGUAAAGAUGGCUGUGGAAACAGGCACGCUGCCAGUUUCCCAACAACCAGCAGACUGAACUGCCAGUCCGUGCAUCAAGGAAGGCUCUAGAGGCCUCUGACUAGUCAGCUGCUUUGGCCACCCUCAUACUGAUAGCACUGAUGGUAGGACAAGAAAUUACAGCAACUGCAACAAAAGACAACAGGAAAGCAAAAUGCUUAGUGUUUUAAUACUCCAACACAAGGGGAAGAAUCAACCACUGUGAUGAUUUCUAAUGUUCCAAUGAGCAGCAGCAGCCUUCCCCUUGUUUAGUACUGCUGUGUCCUUUCCUCCAUCUAUAUUUUCCAUAGUCAUGCGUACUUCUACAUCUUUGCAUUUCUAUAGCCAUUCCUGUUUCACCACUUUGCAUAUUCUGACAAUUUCUUUGUUUUGGUAUCUGUAUUCUCUUUUUGCAUUCUACACCUGACAAAUUUUUAUACUUUGUUCUUCACUUUAUGGAGUAUAUUUACAGCCUGUUCUGCCUUCAGGGAAGCCAUCUGUUUCUUUGUUGCCCUAUGUCUUUUUCAGAUUUAUUUAUAAUUUUUUGUUUCCAUUUUGUGCAUCCUUGUCCUUUUUCAUGUAUACUGUAUGUAUUAAGUUCUCUUAUUAUACAUUUUUGUAUUGAUCUUGAG